AUGCGUUGCACUACGUUCUUGGCUGUCACUCUUUCGACGCUUGUCACGGCGCGUGACGUUCCGUUCAUUAGCACACUCCUUGAUCCUCUGCAAGCCGUUAUUCAGUCUGCUUUCGCUGGUGAUGGAGUCAAGGUCGGUCAGCUCGGAUCCCUCGGGGGUAUUCCUGGCGUAGAUGCCACCUACGACUACGUCGUUGUGGGAGGAGGUACGGCUGGAAACACCAUCGGAUACCGACUGGCCAAGGCUGGAUUCAGUGUCGCCAUUGUCGAAGCUGGGUCUUUCCUCGAGAUCUCCAAGCCUAUCCUCGCUACGGCUCCUGGUGGUGUUACUUGUGGUAGCGGUGCCAGUCUUCUCGACUCCAACCCUCUGCGCGAUUGGCGAUUUACCACGACCCCCCAGACGAACGCAGAUGAUCGCGAGAUUCACUAUGCCCGUGGAAAGGUCCUCGGUGGCUCUUCUCAGCUCAACUUCCUCGUUUACCACCGACCGACCAACGGUACUAUGGACAAGUGGGCAAAGGAGGUUGGAGAUGACAGCUACAAGUGGGAUCAGAUGCUUCCUCACUUCCAGGCCACCCCGAGCUUUACUCCUCCCGACAACACCAAGCGUGGCCCCAACGUGACGACCGACUACGACCCCGCCGCCUUCUCCUCAACCGGAGGUCCUAUUCAAGUCAGCUACGCCAACUAUGUUCCCUCGUGGGCCACAUACGUCGAGAAGGGCCUCAAGUCCCUUGGCCUUAAGAGCAUCGACGGCUUCAGCAGCGGCAGCCUGCUCGGCUACUCAUACACCACAACCUCGGUCCGACCCAAGACCGCUACUCGCAGCGCAUCUGAUGACUUUGUCAAGGCUGCCCGCAGCGAGAAGCUCGAGACUCUUAAGGUGUACACUCAGAGUCUGGCUAAGCGUGUUCUCUUCAACGGUGAUAAGAAGGCCACUGGCGUUCAGGUUAGCUCUUUGGGUAUGGAGUAUACUCUCACGGCUCGAAAUGAAGUCAUCGUCAGUGGUGGUGCUUUCCAGUCUCCCCAGAUCCUCAUGGUCUCUGGCGUCGGCCCCAAGAAGCACCUCGAGGAGUUUGACAUUGACGUGGUUGCCGAUCUCCCCGGUGUCGGCCAGAACCUGUGGGACCACAUUCUCUUUGGACCAUCAUUCGAGGUUCAGGGUCUCGACGACACUCUGAGCGUGGCCAUCAACGACCCUGCCGUGUUCCAAGGCGCCCUCGAUGCCUAUGCCGGACAGCAAGCUGGACCCCUGACAUCCAACCAGGUCGAGCUUUUGGGCUGGGAGAAGGUUCCUAAGAAGUACCGAUCCAAGUUCUCCAACGAGACCUUGAAGAAGCUUUCUGCCUUCCCUAGCGACUGGCCUGAAGUUGAGUUCAUCCCUCUUAACGUCUACUCUGAGGAUUGGUCGUUCCCUAUCCUCCAGCAACCCGCCGAUGGCAAGAAGUACACCAGCAUCAACGGCGCUCUGGUUGCACCCCUUUCCCGUGGUAACAUUACUCUCCAAUCCAACUCGACCACGGAUGCACCUCUCAUCAACCCCAACUUCCUGGGUGACAAGGGUGAUCAAGAGGUUGCCAUCGCCCUUUUCCGACGACUUCGCGAGGUGGCCAAGUCCACUCCCCUGAAGAACAUUGUUCUCAAUGAGGUGUACCCUGGCGCCAAGUACGAGACGGAUGAGCAGAUUCUCGCUGUUCUUCGUGACACCCUCAUGACCGUCUGGCACGCUGCCUGCACCUGCAAGAUGGGCAAGCCUGAAGACAAGAUGGCUGUUCUCGACUCCAAGGCCCGCGUGUAUGGUGUCAAGGGCCUGCGCGUUGUUGAUGCCUCUGCUUUCCCUGUUCUUAUUCCCGGUCACCCCUUGGGUACUGUCUAUGCAUUGGCUGAGAAGAUUGCCCAUGAGAUUAUUACAGAACAGGGAAGUGCGAGCUACGAAGUGGAGGUGAAUGUUGGAGCUUAG